AUGGCAAUGUUAUUCAUAGGAGCAACAACAUCAUCUGUAGAAAGAUAUUAUGCGCGUGGCUUCUUCUUCAACAAUCAUAAAACAAGUACAAUUAGUAAUACUACUGAAGAAUUCUCAUUUCGUCAAAGUUUUAACCAAUGGUUCAAUGAAUUGUUAUCAGGAGAUUCAAAUAAAGAAAAAAAUUCUAACUCAUUUAGUAAAUUGGCUUCACUAAAGCAAUUCGUAUUGCCAUCAUCAUUGUCAAAUAGCAACCUCAGUAAACUUGAUAAACUUUUUCAAUUAUUAAGUGAAAUUGCGGGAAAGGAUAAAAAACAAUCACCAUCAUCAAGUAAAUUAAAUAAAUUACUACACUAUUUUAGUACUUAUGCAUUAUCAUCAUUAUUAAAUAAUAGUCAAUUAGCUAUGCAAUUAAUUAAUCUUACACAAGUCAAUAGUGAUUUCAGUUCAUUGAGUAUUAGCAAUAUGAAAUCACUUAAUAAUUUUGUUAGUUGA